AUGGUCCCUGCGAGGCGGAACACUCCUCAUUGGGACGAUACCCCUCUUCACGCGGAGCGGCCUCUAGAGAAUUGUGAGUGUUUCGUCUGCGCAAUUUACACGGUGUCAGAGUUCUUCAAGGCUGCUACCUCCUGUGGUGACUACUUUUUGGCCCCCAGCUUUAAAGGACGCUGCACCCGGCCCCCGCCAAGCCACCAAGUGGUGGGUGUGACUGUCGUUACAGCACCUCUGUUUCAGGGUUCCUCUCCUCCACCUGGGCACCAGGACAAUUUCGCGAGAAGAAAAGACACCAUGACUGAAGAGCCGCAGCUGGGUUCUAUCCAGGAGCGGAUCGCCGCCCUGAAGUUGGCCCAGGCGGCCAAUCCCUCUGGCCCUGAACCACCGAUCUUCCGCCCCAACAUCGACCGCAGCAAAUCCGCCAACAACCCUCCCUCCUACAAUGUCACCGGCUCUGUUCUUGACGGCGCGCCCAUAGGAAAUGAGCCCGCAGGCAAGCGGCCUCCAAGACCGGUCCCGCGCGCGGGACCGCCUCCGACAGUGUCGCCAAAGCCGGAAGUGAAACCCAAGAAGCCCCCUCCGCCCUUGCCUACGCGCCGAUCAGAUCGCCUGCCUCCCCCGACACCAGCGCGCGCCGAUAUUCGUCCUACACUUCCACCUCGCAGACCUACGGAACCCUUACGGAGGCCCUCCGCCGAGUCAGUCACCUCCGACGCAUCACACUCGACAGCGGCGACAAGCGUUCGCGGUACCUCGACGACGUCCGUCAAUUCCAAUGGCAACGGCCGCAUCAAAGCGCCCGCGUGGGGAGAGACAGCGCUGCCGGUGCUGCCUCCGAGACGCCCAAAGGAGGAUUUCACAGACGUGACGCCAUCGCCGUCCUCACGCUCCGAGUCUAAGCCCGCCGAGGGCAAGAGUAUUAGUGGGUUUGGCUUGAGAAACAAAUUGAGUGCCAACGUCAGUUCCUUACGAGGCAAGGACUCGUCGUCUUCAACUUCUCCGUCUCGCCCGGGCUUGUCGUCCAUGCUAUCUCGUUCCAAGACCUCCACCGAUACAUACUCUGCACCCCAGCUGUCCUCACGCCGGCCCUCGGAGCAGAGCAUACAAUCGACUGGGGCCGUUGAAGAACAAGCUCCUGGCUUGCCGCCGCGACGGCUACCCUCAAGGACAUCUCAGACAGAUCUUCGUGAUGCUCGGACGGGCGGGUUUGGGGGCUUAAAUAAGAUGCCGGCGAUCCCUGGGCGGCCCAACAGUACACCAACUGGUGGAGCGCCUCCGCCAAUUCCAACGGGGACUCGUCCAGAUCUUUCAAAGCUUCUAGCAACAAAGCCGCGCUUUGACGGCUCGGCAGCCCCAGCUAGCAUGCCUGCUGGCUCAUCCCACACAGUCUGCUUGGUAUGCAGGGACUUCUCGGCCCCAGACCAACGUGCAGCACAGUAUCCUCGUCGUUCGCUUCCAACCCAGGAUUUGGGAUGGCUGGCAGAUGAGCUGACUGCUCCAUUCCCCUCAUUAACCGACAAGGCCCGAGCUAUAUUCACCUGGCUGCAUCAUAACAUCCGUUACGAUGUUGACGCCUUUUUCAACGACCGCGUGAAACCUUCAACUCCUGCCAGCACUCUCGCCUCCGGCUUGGCAGUCUGCGAAGGCUUCGCUGGUCUAUUCACAGCACUUGCCACAAAAGCCGGCCUAGAAUCCAUUGUGGUUUCAGGCCACGGCAAAGGCUUCGGCCACGAAGAACUUGCCCCAAAUUCCCCAGUCCCACCCUUCAGCACCGGCCACGCCUGGAACGCAGUGAAAAUAGACGGCGGACGCUGGAAGCUAAUCGAUCCUUGUUGGGGCGGAGGCCACAUCCAAGGCGCCGGACAACCCUACAUGCAAGUCUUCGAUCCACUGCACUUCACCAUGUCGAACGACGUCUUCGGCUUGAAACACUACCCAUCAAACAAAGAGCACUUCUUCCGCGACGACGGCCGUCCUCAGAUUAGCUGGGAAGAGUACAUGCGCACGAACCCGGAUAACCCUUCCGGUGGCUCGCCGAUCAGAAUGUACUGCGGUGUCGGGAAGAACGACAUCGGCAAAAGUACCCUCUAUCCCACCGACGGCCGUAUCUCUGUCUACAACACACCGAGCCCCGUCCGCUUCCAGUUCGGUCUUCUAUGUGAACACUGGACACUCGCACACCACAGUCGUCGAAAACCAGGUCUUUUCCUACUCUGUAUCCACGGCGUGGACGGCCGCAAGGAUGAACGUCUACUAUUUAACCAUGUUCCCGGCUCUGGACCCGGUGGAGGUGGCGAGUUCUGGUAUGUGGAUGUCCCUGAUGCGCGCAAGCUGGGCGCACCGGGUCAGAAGGCGCUGUUGGCUGUUCUGACUAAAUUCGGAGAUCGGGAGGAGGAGGAAUGUCGCGGGCUUACGGCUGAGGAGUAUAGGGCGCAGUUGGGUGGAGUUGUUAUGGCGUGGGCUUAUGUCGCUGAGUGGGAGUUGGUUGCAUAG